GCUUGAUCGGCAAAGCAGAACACGACCGAAGGGUAAAUGAGGAAGAGGAAAAAGAGAAAAGGCAGAUGACAGGUGGGAGGCCUAUGAGCGAGGCGACCAGGAGGCGCUUGGAGGGCCAAGGGGCGCCGAAGCAGAAGAAAGGCGAGUCCCCUAGGCCGAAGAAGAAGAAGGCGGCAGGAGCUUCUGGAGGGGCUUCGGCGGAUGAGAUGACGGUGGCUGAUCGCCGCCGGGAGAAGAGGGUGGCCGAAGCUGAGGCCGUUCGGGAGGUCCACCUCCAAGUGACAGGCAAGAGGAUGAUCGAGGGUGCUCUCGAUGCAACGCCGUUGCCGAAACGGCCUAGGGGUCCGAAUGAGGGGACGUCGGUGCUGAUCCCUGAUGAAGAAGUGGAGGGGGAGGAGGGGCCGGUUAACAUCGCGUGUCCUCGGAAGGCGGUGCCGUUCAUCAACUGUAUGAUUGAUGGCGCCGAGAUGGAGCUUUCUGAGAUUGAGCAACUGUCGUCGAAGACGUUGCGUGAACAAACCGAUCGGGCCUUCCGGCUUCAUGCAGCGGCUGAUAUGGAGAUAUGGCUUUGCGCAAAGCGGGCCGUCAAUGCUGCCGAAUGGUACCAGAAGAAAUUUGAGGAGGGCCGUUCGAAGAUUGCCGAUGCUGGGAAGCUCAUCCAGGAAGCCGAUCGACGUGCUGAGGAGAACGCUGCGAAGAUUGUAGAGCUCGCGUCCAAGCUUGCGGCUACGGAGUUGGAACUGAUCGCGACGCAAGAAGCUAAGGCGGCUGUGGAUGUGGCUAUGGAUGCUGCCGAACGGUCGCAUGCCAAGGAGGUAGAGGAGGCGAAGGCGAAGGCCGUUGCUGACUACCGAGCGUCGGAGGAGUUCACGCUUCUGGUGGACAAGGAAGUCAUGGAGCAAUGUGACGACUUUGUCUACCGAUUCAAACGGUACAACGCGGACAAGAAGCUGAACCUGAACUUCCUCUGGGAUUCGCCACUGCUGCCAGAGGGCGUAACCGAGGAGAUGGUGGAGGCUUACAAGGGUGAGGAUGCCGACCCUGAGGAAGCCGAUGACACCGAGUCCAGUAGCGAGGAGGAAGAAAGCCAUCCUGCACCGAACACAAGCAGCGCGCCGAAUGUGGAGGCCUUGACCAGUGCCGAGCCUGUGACUGCCGAUCCCGAGCCUGAAGAUGCAACUGCUGAUGUCGAACCUCCUGCCCCUUAG